AUGGGCUACUCAGCCAACCCCCCACCAAACCCCCCAACCCUAACACCAGACCAUCAAGUCUUCAUCUCAAUCCACCACCGCGGCGAGCUCUCCCUCGACGAAAGCAGGCGCGACCUCGGGUAUAGUGCCUACCACUGGGGCGUACUCCUCGCGCCCCGAAGCCCCAAAGGUGCCUGCUGCCACGCCUUUGACGUGACCGAUGGCUCAUCGCCAGAUCGACUGCUGCGAAUGGACCAUAACCCCAACUUUGAAUGGCUGUUUCGUGUGCGCUACUAUGUCAACCCGGAUCAUAGUGGGUCGUUGUUGCUGAGGAUCAAGGUUGGGAAGGUCAGAAUUGGCAAUGGGAAUGGGAAUGGAAAUGGAAAUGGGUACGGAUCUGGCCAUGCAUUCGAGAACAUUCAUGCGAUUUUGCGGUCCAUUCCGUUGCCGGUUAAGGGUGCUGGGCCGAGUCAGAAUUGUGUGGGGUGGAUUCGGGCUGCUAUUCGGAAAUUGCAGGCCAAUGGUCUUGCGGAGGACUUUGAUGUUGAUGCUUUCAUGGCUAAUGCGCUGACUUUUGUUGAUCGGCGCUUGGCUGAUGUUGAUCGUGUUCCUGAUGUUAUCAGUCACUUGGGGAAGAGGAUUUGA